CGCCGACUAAGUUGCAUUCCUUGAAUCUUCGCAGAAAAGACAAUUCCUUAAUCAGAGUUAGUAAUGUGGACAGUACAAAAUAGAGAGAGUUUGGGGCUUCUCUCUUUCCCUGUGAUGAUUGCCAUGGUCUGUUGUGCACACAGCGCCAAUGAACCCAGCAACAUGUCAUACGUGAAAGAGACAGUGGACCGAUUGCUCAAAGGAUAUGACAUUCGCUUGCGGCCGGACUUUGGAGGGCCCCCAGUGGACGUCGGCAUGCGGAUCGAUGUAGCCAGCAUAGAUAUGGUCUCCGAAGUGAACAUGGACUAUACCCUCACCAUGUAUUUCCAGCAGUCUUGGAAAGACAAACGGCUUUCUUAUUCUGGAAUCCCUCUAAACCUCACCCUAGACAACAGGGUAGCAGACCAAUUGUGGGUACCAGACACCUACUUUCUGAAUGACAAGAAGUCAUUUGUGCAUGGAGUCACAGUGAAAAAUCGAAUGAUCCGACUGCAUCCUGAUGGAACAGUUCUCUAUGGACUCCGGAUCACAACUACUGCCGCAUGUAUGAUGGAUCUUCGAAGAUAUCCUCUGGAUGAGCAAAACUGCACCCUGGAGAUUGAAAGUUACGGCUACACCACUGAUGACAUUGAAUUUUACUGGAAUGGAGGAGAAGGAGCAGUAACUGGAGUUAAUAAAAUUGAGCUUCCUCAGUUUUCAAUUGUUGACUACAAGAUGGUGUCCAAAAAGGUGGAGUUCACAACAGGGGCAUAUCCACGACUGUCACUAAGUUUCCGUCUAAAGAGAAACAUUGGCUACUUCAUUUUGCAAACCUAUAUGCCUUCUACACUGAUUACAAUUCUGUCCUGGGUGUCUUUUUGGAUCAACUAUGAUGCAUCUGCAGCCAGAGUUGCACUAGGAAUCACCACUGUGCUGACAAUGACAACCAUCAGUACUCACCUCAGGGAGACCCUGCCAAAGAUCCCUUACGUCAAGGCAAUUGACAUUUACCUGAUGGGUUGCUUUGUGUUUGUUUUCCUGGCUUUGCUGGAAUACGCCUUUGUAAAUUACAUCUUCUUUGGGAAAGGCCCUCAGAAAAAGGGAGCUAGCAAACAAGACCAGAGUGCCAAUGAGAAGAACAAACUGGAGAUGAAUAAAGUCCAGGUUGACGCCCACGGCAACAUUCUCCUCAGUACCCUGGAAAUUAGGAACGAGACCAGCGGCUCAGAGGUGCUCACGGGCGUGAGCGACCCCAACACCACCAUGUACUCAUACGGCAGCGCCAGCAUCCAGUACCGCAAGCCGCUGAGCAGCCGCGAGGGCUACGGGCGCGCCCUGGACCGGCACGGGGUGCCCAGCAAGGGGCGCAUCCGCCGGCGCGCCUCCCAGCUCAAAGUCAAAAUCCCCGACUUGACUGAUGUGAAUUCCAUAGACAAGUGGUCCCGAAUGUUUUUCCCCAUCACCUUUUCCCUUUUUAACGUCGUUUAUUGGCUUUACUAUGUACACUAAGAUCUGUCCUAAUGGUUCGAUUUAGACUACUUUCCUCUUCUCUUGUUUUUUAACCCCACAGGUCCCCAACAGCGAUACUGCUGUGUUUUUUGAGGUAAGAGAUUCAGCCAUCCAACGGGUUUUAAGUCUUGCAUAUCGAUUUUAUUACUGCACCAUGUUUACUUCAAAAAAAAUUUUUUUUUGUUCCAGUCUACUGUGGUCCAGGUUAUCAGCUCUUUAAGAGCUCUAUUAAUUACCAUGUUUACAAACAAACCACACAAAGAGAGGAGUUAGGAAGACCUUUAGUAGUCUUUCCUAGUUGCCCUGUUUUUUGUUUUUGUUUUGUUUUGUUUUUUCUCUUUUUUUUUAAAUAAAAAGAGGACCUCGCUGUCCACCUGCACUGCUUCCUGGUAAA